UUACUAAAUGUUAAAAAAAAAAAAAACUUUAAACCCUACUUUUCUUUCUGGUGCUCUAUUAUAUUUGUGGUCUUUCUAAUACACCACCACCACCAGUUACUAAUUGACGAUAAAAAAUAUUUCCGCGUUAUAUUCACCCUAUAUACCAUCUUUUACAUUCUUUCUCUCCUCUCGACUUAUCUUCUUCGCGGAAAUCAUAGAGUACAACCGUUUCGACUAAUCCAACCAAAUUCCUCACGAUAUAUACAUAAUGGGCGG